UUAUAAUAGUGUCAGACAUGCGCAAUAAUGAUGUACCACUACAUCCCCACCACUCGUAUGCCAAAUAAACCAAAUCUGGGUGGGUGAAGUGGGUGUGGAGUUUAACGCUUGUAUAUUGUAGAAUUUCUGAGUGAGAAUGGUUGGAACUCCUUUGGGCGAAGAAGUACUGCUGAAGUUUCGUCAACACUUUUACGCUGAGCCGAGAAAUGUACUAGCGCAGAACGUGUGUACGAAGAUAGAUCCAUUAGAGGCGUGCGUGUCAAGGCAACAGUUCGCAUCAACGCAGCAUGUGUUUACCCAUAAGGUCGAUGUGGAAGGAAAGCCAACCACAAAUCAGAAGAGUACUGGACGCUGUUGGGUUUUCGCCGCCCUGAAUGUGAUCCGCUUGCCAUUUAUGAAGAAAUAUAAUAUUGAUGAGUUCGAAUUCAGCCAAAGCCACCUGUUUUUUUGGGAUAAGAUUGAACGCUGUAAUUACUUCCUGAACAACAUAGUCUUGACGGCAAAACGAGGGGAGCCAGUGAAUGGCAGACUUGUAUCAUUCCUGUUACACGAUCCAACGAGUGAUGGUGGCCAGUGGGAUAUGCUUGUUAACCUAAUCAAUAAACAUGGACUGAUGCCGAAGAAAAACUUUCCUGACGCGUUCAGCUGUGAAUCUAGUCUGCGCAUGAAUAGUAUUCUGAAAAGUAAGCUGCGGGAGUAUACAAAGGUUCUUCGAGAGAUGGUAGAUGCUGAUGCUAGCGACGAGGAACUCAGGGAGACCAUCGAGAAAAAUAUGGAUGAAGUGUUUCGCGUGGUGGCAAUUUGCCUAGGGACUCCUGUAGAAAAAUUUACUUUUGAAUUCUAUGAUAAAUCUAAGCAGUACAAUUCUUUUGGACCUGUCACACCUUUAGAGUUUUACAAUAACUAUGUAAAACCAUGCUUCAAUGUAGAUGAUAAGGUAUGUCUUGUGACGGAUCCACGCCAGUCGAACCCGUACAACCGUGCCUACACCGUGGAUUGUUUAGGGAAUGUGGUUGGUGGGCGGCCGAUUGUGUACAACAACCAGCCGGUAGACCUCCUCCUCAAUCUUGCUGCAGAGUCGAUCAAGCAGAAGGAGUCUGUGUGGUUUGGCUGUGAAGUAGGGAAAAGAUUCGCCAGCAAGCAUGGCAUCGAAGACUUGGCAAUUCACGACUACAAAAUAACCUUUGGACUGGAGGUGACCUUGGGGCUGUGCAAGGAGGACCGUCUCUUGUAUGGAGAGUCCAUGAUGACGCACGCAAUGAACAUCACUGGAGUUACGAUUCAGGUGUCUCAGGAUUCAGGAUCAUCGGCCGAGCUGAGUGAACGAGGUCGCUGUCUACACAGUGGAGAUACAAGAGAUGGAGGUAUGAGUUGGUGGUGUGAACGCCGGCAGCGGGAUCCAGUACGAGCACAUCGCGGGACUUCGUGGGACAGACGCCGACACGCAGAUGACCAGCCGGUGAAGUUCCGUGUGGAAAACUCGUGGGGUGACGACCGCGGCGACAAAGGAUAUCUUGUCAUGACCAAGGACUGGUUUGAAGAGUUCGUGUUUGAGGUGGUGGUUGACCGCAAGUUCGUUCCUGAUAAAGUCCUCGAAGUCUUCGAGCAAGAUCCAAUAAUCUUGCCAGCGUGGGAUCCGAUGGGAACGCUUGCUCGCUGAUGCUCAUCAUGCUGUUGUAUUCUAUCGUGCUUUGAAACCCGUUCAUUUAAAUGAACUGAUCGUAUGUUAAUUUUGCCUGUAAUCUGAGACAAAGUCGAAACCGUACAUAAACUACGUAUAUGCAUUUGUAAAUACAUCAGCUGAUUUGCACCUAUCUGGAUAUGUGCUAUUACCAAUAAAAUUAUGAAAUAAAAUAUUAAUGAAA